AUGCAAAACCCUCAAGUCGAUGAUGGCCUCAGCUCAUCCUUUGGAGUCACUUCUCGUCCUCGUGAGGAGUCCAUCUCCGCCGCCAAUCCUUCCUUCACCGACGGAGUUGCCACCAAGGACAUCCACAUCGACCCCUUGACCUCUCUCGCCCUUCGAAUCUUUCUUCCUGACUCCUGCCACGAUUCCGCUUUCAAGUCCCGAUCCAUCAAAUCAAGGGCUAAGGAUAUUCGACCAUUCGAUUAUUCUGAUCCCAGAUCCGAUUUGAACCAACUUCUUCUCCGGCGGAACAGCUAUGGCUCUGCCAAUGGAGUCACUACCACAACGCCGACCGUGACCAUCCGAAAUCAGAAUCAUCGGAGAAAUAGCUACGGCUGUAGUAGUGACAAUGUCAAUUUGAAAUCGGAUAGUGGGGUUUACGGAGGAUAUAAUCCUAGAAACAAAAAUUGUCAAAAAUUGCCCGUCAUAUUGCAGUUUCACGGUAGAGGGUUCGUGAGUGGGAGCAAUGCUUCAGUGGUGAAUGAUUUCUUUUGCAGGCGGAUUGCCAAGGCGUGUGAUGUCAUUGUGUUGGCUGUUGGUUACAGGUUAGCCCCUGAGAAUCGGUAUCCGGCUGCAUUCGAGGAUGGGUUGAAGGUGCUGCAUUGGUUGGCUAAGCAGGCCACCACCCCUCUUCUAUGA